AUGAACAGUGCCAGGCGCGUUGGAUCCGCCGGGAAGAGUGAAUGUCUGUCGGUGUUGGUGAUUGGGAACAAGCUUGGGAAGAAGUGCCAGGAAUCAGGUGCCUACCUGUCGGUAGGUGGAGCGGCGGGACUGCCCACACAUGCAUGCAGUGCCCACAGCAAAACGUGA